AUGCCUGCAUCUGCAAUUGGUUUUGAAGUACAGACCGUGAGAUAUACCCGUGGGAGUUUCAUUUUCCCCGGAGCUCAGUCAUAUCCUCAUCGUAGCUUCUCUGAAGAAGUUUCUAUCCUUGAUAGCUAUUUUAAAGAACUUUCCUCGUGCACCAAAGCUUAUGUUAUGGGUAGUUCUGACAAACAACAGAAAUGGCAUGUUUAUUCCGCCUGCACCAGAGGAGCUAAAUCUUUUAACCCGGUUUACACUCUAGAGAUGUGCAUGACUGGUUUGAACACAGAUAUGGCUUCUAUUUUCUACAAGAAGGAAUCAAGCUCAGCAGCUCUGAUGACCAAUAAAUCUGGUAUAAGGAAGAUCCUCCCGGCAUCUGAAAUAUGUGAUUUUGACUUUGAUCCAUGUGGUUACUCCAUGAAUUCCAUUGAAGGCGCUGCACUGUCUACCAUUCAUGUUACCCCCGAGGAUGGGUUUAGUUAUGCAAGCUUUGAAGCAGCCGGUUAUGAUUUCAAAGUUGUGAAUUUGGGCCUUCUGAUUGAGCGCGUUUUGGCAUGUUUUAAACCAAUGAAGUUUUCUGUUGCUCUGCAUGCUGAUUUUGGUUCAAAGUUAUUCGAGCACACUUACUGCAUCGAUGUGAAGGAUUACUCUCUAGAAGAGAAAAGCUACGAAGAACUGGGAAUUGUUGGUUCGAUUGUCUACCUGAAAUUUGUCAACACUGAAUUGUGUGGAUCUCCCAAGUCUAUUCUGAAAUGUCAGCGAGAUUGCGAAGAAGAAGAGUAA